GUUUAAAUAAGGAGUUGUUCGUCUUAUUUGUAAAAUCAUGGCUUCGGAAGACGAAUUCGCUUUACCGGGUGAAGAUACAAAGACUCCCGAUCCAGAUAAAGAUGAAGAUGAACUGGGCGAAGAAGAUGAAGGCAAAACAGCCGAAGAAUUAACCGAUGAUGCAGAGGCGUUGAAAAAGGAGCUUGACAAAAUAGUGGUGCAUCCUCCAACGAUUCAAGAACUAACAGCCCAGGAAUUUGAUCCAGCAGAAUUCCCUGCUUCCUAUAAAGACAAUUUACCAAAAGAAAACUUGGUGCUACAAUAUGCAGAAAAUUUUAGACUACAAUAUGUACACUUAUAUAGAGACCGGAAACCUCUUCUUCUCAACCCAAUCAAUGAAUGUGGGACAGAGAAAUUUGUAUGUACAACCAUCAGACCAACACAGAUAGAAUUUAAAGAGUUUUAUGGUUGGGAAGGAAGUGCAGAAUUUGUUGCAGAUUAUCUGAAUUUUGAGACAUUAGAGCCUCCUUAUGAACUGCCAAAGAGGUUGAUAUCACCACCGUCCGUUUUGAAACGUCAGAAAGGGAAUUGUUUUGAGUACAGUACAUUGCUGUGUUCCCUGUUAGCUGGAGCUGGUUACGAUUCUUACGUAGUCAGUGGGUAUGCUACACAUGAGACAUGUCUCGCAGAUGAAUCAAGGGAGAUUUGUCCACUGAUGAAGAAGAAAGAAGAGAAAAAGGAAGAGGAGAAGAAAAGAGAAAUAAAAAAAUAUACAGUAAAGCCUCCACGUGAUCUGAGGAGUAAAUUUGAACUGAAGCAGGCUGCCAAAGAAAAAGCUGAAAAAGAAGCUGAGGAAGAAAAAAGGAGGAAGGAGGAAGAAGAUAAAAUAGCUGAGUUAGAGAAGCCACCACCAGACCCAUUGUAUGGUUUAAGGAUUCACUCCUGGGUUCUAGUCUUAUCUGGAAAGAGAGAAGUACCAGAAAGUUUCUUCAUUGAGCCGUUUACAGGACUUUCCCAUCCUGUCAAUAGUCCUAACUACCUUGGUAUAGAAUCCGUCUGGAAUCAUGUCAACUAUUGGGUCAACAUGCAGGAUUGUUCUGAGGGAGUUAAGGGUUUAACCUAUGAUUUGGGAGAUUGCACAAAAUGGGAAUAUAUGUUUCCUUCCAUAGACAAACCAUUAAAGAUUCCAGGAGAAGAUGGCUUUGAAGACUUUGAGGAUGAAGAGUCAGAUGGUGUUGUAGCAGACGAAGACGAGGAUGAAGAGAAUACUGCCAAUAAAUUAGAGCACCUAGAUAUGCCGCCAUCUUGGGUGGAAAUCAUUAAACUAUCUCUAAAAGAUUUCCAAAUGAGAUGUCCACAUGGGAAGAAAGUAAAGCUGUACAAGAGAGCCAAGUUAGAAAAGUUUGCACAUUACCUGAUGAAAGAUGGACUGAUAUCUAAGUUGUCAAUUUAUGAAAACAGAGAGUUGACAGAUUUGGUAACGGUGAAGGAAUAUUUUGCUCACCGUAUUGAUAAACUACUACAGCGAGUCAGUAACCACAGAUCUGGAUGGGUAACAGAGCACUUUGAUCCUGGAAGAUCUCAUUGUCUCAAAGAGCAUCAAUACAAAUCAAGUGCUCCCGGUCCAGAAAAUGAGAGGACUAUGAUAUUUUAUAAUGAAGCCCGAGUUGAUGGUUUAAUCAAGCGUGUAGAAACACCGGCAGAAAUGACAGAGGAAUAUUCUGAUAGGGAUGACUUUUUGUACUAUAAACAUAUUGACUUUGGAAAACGACCAAAAAAGUUUGGCCCUCAAGAUGGUUCAUCUUCAAAAAAUGAAAGACCUAUUGUUAAAAUGGUAAAGAAAUUCCAUCGUAAUGUUUCUAAACCAGCUUGUGACGAUGUUGCAGAAUUAAUUUACCUUGUAUCAGAGGACAAAAUGCAUAUAACCUACCAUACUGAGGACCCUAGAAUAGCUGCUUCAACAAGAGAGUUUGUCAAACCAGCAAACUGGGCAGAGAAAGGGGCUACCUUACAGUUCUCACCUGACAUGCAACAAUCUUUCCAGGUUGAUGCUUCAAGUCGACAAAACAAACAAGUAGAGCUAUAUCAGAUGCUUCUAAAUUUGUUAAAAGCAGAAGAUUUGUGUAGAACCAGAGUUAGAGAUUCGGAAGAUGAGGUAAAAGACAUUCUAAAUGAGAGAACAAAAGAAGAGACAACAUUAGAAUUAGAUAUAUCAGUCUAUGAUACAGAGAGGAAUGAAAAAGCUAAGAAACAUCGUAGAGAGUUGGAAAGGCAACAGCUGGAAGAGAAGAUGAGAAAACAAGACAUGGAAAUAGAUUAUUUAGCCCCAUUUAUUGCCAGAAUCGUUCAAGGCGAUAAAAUUACGAGAGAGGAAGCAUACACAUUGAAGACCGAGGCAUUGAAAGAUCUGAAAGAUAGACUGAUUAACAAAGCUAAUUUGAUUCAAGCUAGAUAUGAAAAGGAAACUCAAAUGUUAACAGAGAAGCAGGCCUGGUACCACCAGAACCAGUUGUCUUGUAAUAAGGAAGAUGAGGAAAAAUACAUGACUUUCUGUCAGGAAACACUCUUCAAAAUACACAUGUUAGAACUCAGAUUAGCAAGACAUAAAGAAACUGCACCACAUAAGUACAUGGCUUUAGACAGGAAGUUAAGAGAUGACCAGAGACUUGCAGAAUAUUUUUAAUUCUUUCAUCUCAUAGUUACAAAGAAAUGAACAACCUAUUAAUCUCAAAUUGUGCCUCGGAAAUUAUGUGACAAUGAGGGGUUUCCGCAAUAUUCGUCAAGUUGUUUUGUAGUUGUAAAAACCUGACGUCAGAAGAUGAUAACUCGAUUAUGUCUUUCUAACAUACCAUUUAUAGUAACUUAAUGAAGAGUGAAGCUAUAUCACAAGCUUAUACAAAGUGCUCAAGUACAAGCAAUUAAUCCAUUGGAUAAAAAACCUGACAAGUUUAUAGCUUAAAGGCUUUCAAUUAUUGGAAUAAAUCUGGUCACAAGCUGAAGCAUACAGAAUAUCUUUAUUGACAAAUUGUUUUGUGUGCUUACGGCUACUCCAUGUCAAUUCUGUGAUAUAUAUAUACAUAUUUAUUUGUAAAUAAACUCAUGUUUUUGUCA